GCGGCGCGAGCACCGCGCACACAGCGCCCGCGCGCGCCCGACUGCCCAACAGUGCACCACGUCGUGUUCGCUCGGCACAACCUUCCAAAUUUAAAAAUAUUGGAAAUUCGCGCGUCAACGAUAAAAAAUAUUUCGAAGUUAAACCGGCCAGUGAUCAGUGUUAAUUGUUUUUAAUGUUAUCGUUUCAGCUUGUUUGAAAACACGUUAGUGACAUGUGUUACGAGCCAGUGUUGAUACGCAAAGUGAUAAAAGUAGGCCGGCCAUGAAACAGAGACAUCUGUCGGAGAGCGUUCGGUGGCAGGUGUCGAAGAAUCAGAGACUACGACUCGACGUACGGAACGAGACAUGAGUGUAUCAUAAUUAUUAUACUUAACGAAUAAUAAAAAGAAGACAUUCUAUUAUAACUUUAACGCCAAAUUGCGCUUGCUUCCAAAAUCGAUUUCUCACUAUAAAACAUAUCGUAUUUAAGGUUUAAAAAAGUUCAAUUAGAGUAAAAAUUAUAUAUAGUUUCGCGCCUUUCCUUGUGCCUAUCUCGACCCAAUUCUAAAACGUCUCUAGUGAGAAUAAAUAAUUCUUGAUAAUACUGUGACGAGUUUAAUAUAAAAGUGAUAUAAUUGUUUCAAUCGUAAACUUGAAUCAAAUUUUCCGCAUUAAAAUAUACUAAUGUUUAGAAUAGUCACGCUAGACAUACAUAGAUAUUUAAAUUGCUCGAAUUAAAAUAAAGUUAAAAACGUCAAACGAAAACUGUGCGUGGAUAUCGUAUCGCAGUGUGUUGUGUACGUGAUCAAAUCUUAGCCCCUAGGCUAAGAGUUUUUUCACCCGCGUCCAUACACCGCCACAAAACUGGCAAGUAUGCAGGCAGCUCUUAUGCUAAGAGCAAAAUCGCGGGAGAGAAGAAAACAACGACUGAAGCGUGGGAUCAAGCACGAACUGCCGAGCAAUGUGGCAACGAAGCCGAUCGCACCGUUCCCGAGAUACCCGCCAGCCUCUUGGUGCGCAGCUGGGCGGGCCGCCUGGCAGGAGGCGGCGGCGCUGUCGGUGGGCGGUGGCGGAGCCGGCGCGGGCGGCGCGGCCCGCCGCUGCUCCGUGCUCGGCGACCACCCGGGUGCGAGACGAGACCAGCGCGGCAAGUGGCAUCGUACCAAUCGAGUCCGCGAUGCAUCGUACGGCUCAUCAUCAGACUCGGAAGGAGAGGGGGAAGGCGCCAGCGGGGAGCCCUGGGGAGUGGCAAGACUCCUGUAUGCAGGUCUCGCAAUACUCGCUCUUGGCCUUGUUGUGUAUUUCGUCGGCACCGGAGACAAGGGUUUCAAAACGCCAGCACUGCGACUUGUGGGCCCAUCACUUAUCGUGGCGGGGCUCGCGUGUUGCUUGCUACGUAUUAUGUUCUGUAUAUUUGCCAAGCCUUGCUGCAGACGGAGGACCAACCACAAGGAGAGCAGAAGACUGUCCGGUUGCGUGGAAGGCGAAGAGAUGCCACUGGCGAGGUGCGCAGGCGCGCGAGCUGGACCAGCACAAUGCUCACCCGCGAGGCGCCUCGACGCAUCCUCUUGCGACGUGUCCAGCCUCUCCAGCGGCGAGGAGGACGAGCGACUGCGCAGAUACCGCACGGCCAACGCGACCACGACACAUCUACAGCCGCAAACGGUGCUUGUGCAGCCGGCGGGAUCACAGCCGAAGCCGUCACCGUCAUUGCAAUCGACAGCGGCGGGUCCGUCCGCGGGAGGAUCAGGGCCAGCGGGUGGGAGCAAGCGCCCGCCCCCGCGGAACGUGUCCUUCGCAGGCGCGCCCGACGGUGAACUCGUCCUCAGCCCCGCGCAGUUACGCUCCUAACCAAGCAAUAAACACUCGCAAUACUUUUUAUACGAACUAUCACUAACUCGACCCUUAACGCUGACGUCACGUGACGUGAAGUGACACCGAGUUCGAUUUGCACGUUUGAUAUUCUUAUUUAUAAGUUUCGGUUAUUACGACUGCGUUUUGCAACGAGUGUUUGAUUUUUAGUUCGUAGUGCAACGGAUAAUAUAAUUCAUAAUAAUAAUUAUUAAUAGAAAUCGUGUUGUAUUUUAAGCGGUGUUUGUAAAUCCGUAGAGUUUUAAUACUGAAUGUGCUAGUUCCAUCCAUCGCAAGAGCGACGCCGGUUAGCCGUCAUGAGGUGCGGUUUUCUUCGGUUUAAUACUGAAAUAUCUUCAAAUGAAUAAAACAUAUGCAAUUCAGAUAACUUAAAUAAUUUCGAACAAAAAAAUUAAAUGAUAAAUGCAAUGAACUAAAAAAAAUAUGUUGACGUCAAAAACCGCACCUUCUCGUAUAAUAUUAAAUAGUAAAUAUAUAAUAUAAACAUAAUUGUGUUAAAACUGCCUAUUUCUAGUGCGAAUUUAUAUUUAAAUAUAAAAGAAAACAUAACUAGUUAUAUAACUGACAAUAAUGAUUGUUAACUGAUGUAUAAAGUGUUAUGACGUAUGUAUGUGCGUUUAUUUUUUUUUUAUUAUGUCAAGCAAACGACUGUAGUUCAUUCGCCGAGUGUUUUUUGUAUAUAAUAUUGAAUAUAUUUAAUAUACAAAUAUUUAUUUUAUAGAUAAAUUAGAAUUUUAUAUUAUUAUGUCCUUAAGGCGAAAAAAUAAAAUCCCUAAGUAUAAUAACGACUCUGCAACUUUUACUUAUUUAUGAUUGAUUGAACGAUAUUACAAUACAAAUAAGCGAAUUAAAAACAAAGAUAUAAUAAUUUGACACUGUCAUUUUUUUGGUUAAUGAAAUUAGUGACAAUACAAUUUGCGAAGAACGAUUAGAGGAGCUUUACGUGUUUCAUUGCUAGUUGAUAUGUCUCCGUUUUCUUGCCGAGUUCUUAUAUAAAUUGUAAACUUAAAAUACACGGAUACAGCCCAUGCUUAGUAACCUUAAACCUAAGGCGGCAGAUUUUAGAGGCAACAAAUUUAUUUAUUUUUAUAUGAAUGAAAUAUAAAUUUUAGGACCCACAUUCUAUAUUUAAAUUUUUCUUCUGAAAAUUCAGUCUUGAUUUGCAAUUUAAUGUGAAUUGUCUAAUAUAUUGAAUUUCUUCUUAUUCAGAAAAAUUAAAAUCAAUAAAAUAAUCCUUAUAAAAAUAUUCGUAAUUAUUUUCGUUUGAUUGAGAGAUGGUGACAAAUCAUUUUAACUUUCUUAUUAAAAUCGCGUAACUAUUAAAAGGAAUUGAUAGAUAUUUUAUUCGGAUUCGAUAUAUUUACUAAAUAUAACAGAAAUAACGAAAGAUAUAUUUAUUUCUACUUGGCGCCUGAACUACGUAAAGACACCAAUAUAAUAUAUGUAUAAUUAUUUAUACCUAGCUGGUAAUUCGGUGUAUAGUGAUUGAUACUGUUUAACAGUGAUGUUUUUAUUUAUAAGGAACGACUAUACUAGUACAUUAAUACGUGUUUAGAUGUAUUGCUAAUCGAAAAUUAAUCGCGAUUUUUUUAUUUGAUAAUGUGUAAUAACUAGUUAGAAACUUCUAUUGUUAUUAUUUCAUACUUUAUAAAUACUUACAAUAAUGAUACUAUUCCAUAAUUUUAACGACAAAAACUAAACUUCUGCGAGUAUGAUUUGAUUUCAUUUACUUUUUUAUUUGAAUUAAAUAGAAAUUCUAUAUUUUUUUAAAAACGUUAUUCAUUUUAUUAGCGUUUUUUUUUUCCAAAAUAUUAAUUAUUUAAUUAUAUUUCGAUGACACGUAAUAUGAAUUAGAAAAAUAACUGGACUUUUAAACGUGCAAUAUAUAUGGCACGUUGCAGUCAAAUACUGUUUAUAUAAUAUAUUAUAUAUUUUAGAAAUAUUUGCACCCUUCGUAGUGAAUAUUUAAAUGUAUAUCGGCAGAUUUAGCUAGUAUAUAUUUAUGAUGGGACACUUCAAACGAGUGUGUACAACUAUAUAUUGUCUGUGGAGCUAUCACGGAACUUUAUAUCACCAUGGCGUUUACAAUUGCUUUCAUGAAUUUAGACAAAACAAUAUAACAUAAUAUAUGAUUUGUUUAAAAUCUAAUUCGGUGUGCAGAUCGUAAGCGUUUUCACUGAAAUAGAUAGAAUAUAUGUGAUUAAUGAAUAAAAUAAUUCGUUGACAAUUCAAGCAACAACAAUUUUAAACUGACGUUUCUAACGCGUAAGCACUAGACACAAAAUUCUCGAUAUUAUAAUAAAUUUUACUUUAACUCAAAGCUCAGCUUUACAAAACUUUACAAUUCAGUACCGUGAUAACUCAAUGGUUUCAAAGUUCUAUGAUCAAUGAUAUAAUCGUGUGGUAAAAAAUUUUUGAUUAGUUUCGUCAAUUAUAACUUCGUAAUCAGAUGUGUAGUUGUUUUGGAUUAUUUAAAUCUAAGAAUUGUCAAUUACUUAUUUAUUAUUUUUUUGACAUAAGAUUUGAUAAUUAGCUUCUUUAGUUGAAUGGCUUUUAUUUGUGUGAAUUAUUUUAAUAUCUGUAAAAUAUUUAUCAGUGUUUUUAGAGUUCUUCGUGUUAUUAACUUUUAGCAGUUCACCUGAAUGUUAAGGUUUUAUUCGAUUUUUUUUUUUUUUUUUCGGUUUACGAAAGUACUUUAACUAUAUGCAUUCCAAGCGUUGACAUAUUACUAUCUAAUAUAAAAUUGUACUUUGCUAAGGAUCUAUUAACGGUAUUUAUACAUAAACGAUAUCCCGAGUAAUAAGUAACUUUAUUCAUACUUUCAUAGAGAUUUCAUUUACAUAUAAAUUGAUAAUUAUAUGUAUAUUAUACUUCUAUACUCGAACAAUAUGUUUUUAGGUACUACAGCUUAUUAUAAAUAUCUAAAACCUGUCGUUUUGUAAUAUGGCAGAAUAUAUAGGUUAUGGUAAUUUGGCAUCUGAUGUUCCACCGGUAUAUUUCCCUUUAUUUAAUUGGCCACAUUCGUAGAAAUAUUAAAAAAGUUGCCAGCUUAUUAUUUUAAUUUAAUGGACAAAUUAUUUGUACAAAAAACACUUAUUUAAAUUUGGAACUAGGUACAUUUUACGAAAUUUCGCUUCCAAUGUACAAUUAAAUGUA